CAGGUGUCCAGAUACAAUAUUAGAAAUACGUGUAAUUUGUCAAUUUUUUCCCUUGAGACUCGAUUUAUCGGAUCACUUCAAGACCGAAAGCAGACUUUUUUCGCUCGAUUCCUUUUAAGAAAUAUUUUCUACUUGACACAACCACUGGUGAGCCCAAAUUAAGGACUACUUGUAUGCUAUUAUCGAUACUCCGUCAAAUUCGAUUUCUCGGCUUGCGAUGCCUAUAUCAGUACUUAACGCAGUAUCAAACGAGGAGAAAAUAAUCUAGCAUGAUCUUUCGUUCUAAGAACGUUCUAAGAAAUGUGCGUAAACAAUUGCGUGUUACUUGCGGUGGUGGUGUCUUGUGGUUUUCUGACGUCGUCAGGGUCGACAAACAAGGACCGUUAUCACCAGCUUGGUGAUAUCACACUUGGGGCUCUGAUUACAUUACAUCACACUAAUGAUGAUGGCGAAUGCGGUGAUUUUUCCCCAACAGGACUUGGCCAUGUGGAAGCUAUGAAGUUCGCCAUCGACACAAUCAAUAGGAACCCACAACUGCUUCAAAACUUGACUCUAGGAUAUGACAUUCGCGACUACUGUAGAAGCACUGUAAAGGCAAUGAAACACACGUACGACUUUGUCCGAAAAAAUGAAUUGGCGUCAGAAUUCCAAAACGGCAGUAAAGUCGUUAGCACAAUUAAGGAUAACUCAGUACAGAAACAACCAACGCCGAUAACAGCUGUGAUUGGUCCAACCGAUUCAGGGGCUGCGAUCCUUGUGGGAAGCCUUUUGCAAGUGGCUGAAAUCCCAGUUAUCAGUCACUCGGCGACAAGCGAUGAGUUGAGCUCUUCGCAGUACAGUUACUUUUUUCGCACUGCUCCUCCCGAUAGAAAGCAGGCAAGAGCAAUGGCUGAUAUAGUAGAGUAUUUCCAUUGGAGCUAUGUGGCUGCUGUGGCAAUGGACGAUUCUUACGGUCGAAAUGGGGUCCGGAGCUUGGAAGCUGAGGCAGCCAGAAGGCAAACAUUUUGUCUUUCUUUCGCAGAUUACAUACCGAGAGAAAAGUAUAUAGCAAAGCUAGCAAGAGCCGUGGACAAGCUUCGACGCCACCCAAAUGUUCGUGUUGUGGUGCUCUGGCUGUUGAGAGGAUACGGAAGGCGAUUUUUGGAGGAGGCUGCAAAACAGAAAAUGUUCGACCGCACCUGGAUUUUCAGCGAUAGUUUGACAGCUGGAAGGGAGGAGUUUAUGAAAAUGGAAGACGAUCAUAGAGGAGUUGUCCAUGGGUCACUUGGUAUUGAACUUCAACAUUUUGAUGUUCGACAUUUCCAAGAUUUCUUGAUCGACGAAUCCAUCGUAUCCUUGAAAGAGGAAAGUACCUCAGCUCCUUGGUGGAAGGAAUUUUGGAAACAAAAAGGUCAUUCAUCUACCAAUGAAACAGUUAUUCGUUCGGUAUACAACAGCUACAUUCCCUAUUUGGUAGAUGCCGUUUUUGCUCUUGCCCAUGCUAUUCACAACAUAAAUAAAAUCCAUACUACUGUCGAUCCAAAGGAACUCGAGAAGCAUCUUCGCCAAGUCACAUUCAAAGGAGUAACUGGGGAAAUCGAAUUUGAUCAGCUAGGAGACCCUAAAAUAUCGUCUUACGAUAUCGUUCAUUUUCAGGGAAAGGAAAAAUCUGAUUUGAUAAGAUUAGUCAUCGGAUCAUGGAAUGAAAGUCGUGAGGAAAUUCAGUUAAAGGUUUCCGACAUAAAGUGGAAUACUGCAGCAGGUUACAAAAUUAUUCCUAAGUCAUUCUGCAAUAGAGAUUGCCUUGCUGGUGAAUAUCGGUUACCAACGACCUCGUGCUGUUGGACUUGCCAAAAAUGUCCGGAUGGAGCUGUUAGCACUAGAGUUAAUGAUAUGAACUGCACCGUGUGUCCCCGAGGACAAAAGCCCAAUGAACAGAGGUCAAAAUGCUUGGAUCUUCCUGAAGUUGAAGUCAUAUGGUCAAGCCCCGCGUCUGUACUUAUCAUAUUGUUUGCAACAGUUGGACUCCUUCUCCUUGCCAUUUGCAGUUUCAUUCUUUUUAAACUUCGGAACACUCCCCUUGUCAAAGCAGCCAAUCGCGAGUUAAGUUCUAUCCUUCUUUUGACAAUCGCAAUGUCCUUUUCUUCCUCCAUUUUAUCCCUCAGCAAGCCUACCAGCUUUAUGUGCAGUUUUCUUCACUGCUGGAGGCCCAUGAUUCUUGUAACAAUCUUCUCCAUACUGAUAAUUAAGACCAUGAAGAUACUCAGUGCAUUCCAAAUAAACGUCAUGGCCGAGAGAUUCAAAACAUUUAUUCUUGCGACAAAGAGGCAAACGUUUAUCGUUUUAGUGCUAAUCUUUCCACCAGCUGUAUUCUCUUUGUUAUGGAUUAUCUUUGACUCGCCACACCAACAACGGAUGAUACAGACAAGUGAAGGUUCAAUUCUUCUCUCGUGUUCUUUGUAUCAAUCGUCAGUUGGAAUGAGUUUUCAAAUCGCCAUAUGUGUGUACACGUCUCUUCUUGCAGUGCCUUGUACAUACUACGCCUUCAAAGCCAGAACACUUCCUGAGAACUUUAACGAAGCCAGGUAUAUUGGAUUCUCAAUGUACAUCUUACUCCUUUCAUGUGUAGCAUACUUACCUAUUGACAUCGGCCUUAAGGGUUCCCAUGCUACAAACUUGACAUGUACAAUGAUACUUGUUAGUUCAUAUGGACUAUUACUUUGCAUGUUCUGUCCAAAGAUUUACGUAAUUCUCCUCAAACCUGAAGAAAAUACUCUCCAGGCCGUCAGUUCAGAGGUGUCGGACUACUCAUUUCGUCCGUCGUUCAAGGGUAAGACACGAGUGACACCUUUGAAUCCGUAUGCACCCAACAGCCGGAAAAUGUUGAAGUCGGAAUUUGCUUCUACCAGUAAUUCAACAACUUAAGGUUUUAACUUUAAGGAUUAGGGAGGGUAAAGGAGAAAAAAGUUCAUGAGUUAGGAGACUGGAUGUUAAGUUACACUUGUAAAUGUAACUGUGACAGAAGAGACUUGUAAAAAAGAAAUUAAGAGUAAGAUAAAAAAUUUAAUUCCAUAUUACUUGCCAUAACAUGCACAUAGGAGAGUUGUAUUUCAUGCAUUAAAAACGUUUUAGUUAUCUUCCGAAAGUAGUUCAACAUUGCAGUACUUUUUCUAUUAAUUAGCUCUUCAAUUAUAACCAAUCAAAUACAGAAAUACAACUAGGCGUAAUAUUGAUUGAAGAACCAGCCAAACACAAGAAUCAACACGCAUCCACAAUGGUCAAAUUCAGGGAGAUAGGAAAAGAUUGGAUACGGGUAAACUGACAAAAACAUUUGACAAAUCCCUUUCCCAAGAUUUGCUAAAUCUGAUUGGAAUGCGCGGUAAAAGUGCCUUUUAAAACCCUUAAGGAGUUCAUCUCUGUUGGCUACAUGUAUGUUGCUUAGACUGUGCUUUGUUCAU